AUGGAGGAUUCCUCAAAUUCCAUUGUCGAAGAAAGAGUAGAGCUUAUGGUUUCACCUGCUGGUAAGAACGUUAAACUGAGAACGGGCCAUUUCAUCAAACCUUCCAUAGGCUCAGGCUCUAUGGAUGGAACAACAGUUUGUAAGCACCCAAGACAUUAUCUUCCCUCUUCACUAACCACCUUUGAGCCCAAAAAACGGCCUUUAGAUGUUAAGUUCCAUGGCUGGAUAUACCCACAAAAGGAUUGGAAAACUUGGGUUGUCAAGAUGGCUUCUUUGCAUGAGUCCACAUGGAAGAAAGCUGGUAUUUUUGAAGCUAUCAUGAAUUCUACGUAUAAGAUAGAAAGAAACAACGAUUUGCUAUUUGGGGUUGCAGAAAAAUGGUGCCAUGAAACCAAAAGUUUCAUUUUCUCUUGGGGUGAGGCAACUAUCACAUUGGAAGAUGUCAAGAUCCUGGGGGGUUAUUCUGUGUUGGGGUCCCCUGUUUUUACCCCUGUUGAAACAGCGGAAAUGAAGGAGAUAAGAGAGAAACUUAAGAGUGCAAAGAAAGAAAUCUCCAAGAGUACAUGUGAAAAAGCCUGCCAGUAUUUAUGGAUGAGGAAAUUCAUGCACAGUGAUGAUAGCACGGUCAAGCAUGAGGCUUUUCUUGCAUUGUGGUUAUCAAGGUUUGUUUUGCCAUCGUCUUAUAAUACUGUUGUUGAAAGUGUUUUCUCUAUUGCUAUACACCUUGCUAGGGGGACUAGAAUUGCACUUGCGCCUGCUGUUCUUGCUAAUAUUUAUAGAGAUUUGAGUUGGUUAAAGCAAAAUAUUGUUGCUUCAACUCAGUUAGAGUCCAAUUAUGAUGAUGGAAAUGUUGCACUAGCAAUUACCCUUUGGUCACCACUUGCACUAGUCGAGGUUUGGAUCUGGGAGAGAUUUUUGGACUUACAGCCGAGGCCUAAUUUGAUUAAAAAUGGUGAGCCAAGGUUUGCUUUGUGGCAUGGCCUAAAUUGCGAAGUGCAAGAUAUGUGCUCAGUUCUAGACUCAGCCGAGGAAAGGUUUGUUUGGCGUCCUUAUGUUAGGAAAAUAACAAACUGUGAUGGUGCUAAGUUUUAUGGAGACAAUGCAAUGUGGAUAUUGCUUGAUUCAAGGUUAGAUAAUGAAUUGCUGUCAUUUGCUCGAUGCUUGAGGGUUUCGGAGCUAGUUGGACUUGACUGUGUAGAGCAGUACUUUCCACAUCGAGUAGCACUGCAAUUUGGAAUGGAUCAGGAUAUUCCUGGUUGUGUUCCCCGAUCAAAUGGUACUCCUGAGAUUGCAUGGGCUGAUUACAAUAAGUCUGUUGAAGGUGAGAAGUUGUAUAUUCCGCCCAGGCUUUUUGAGGCAGAUGUUACUACUCAGUACUUGGAGUGGUGGAAGCAAUCAGUGUUGAGCCCGCAAGUGGUAAGUAAGGAUGUGCUAAGGAUGAGUGAAGGUAAUGGCUUUCCGGGUUCUGAAAUAAACACAAGGAAAUCAAAAAGAGCAAAGGAAGGUACAUUUGCUUCAACUCGACCUGAUUUCUAUCGCAAGAUUUUGAAGAGAUCUCGCCGGCUUUUAACACUGAAGGAGAAAGGUAAAAAUGCCACUUCUGAUCUCGGUUAUCCACUGAAAGAAUUGAAAAAGCUAGUACAAUAUCCAAGAUGGAAGAAGGAAGUUCGUAAUGCAGGUUUUGUGGCCCAAAGCUCAAAAAGAAAGAAGAAAGGCAACAAUGCUUCAAUGCCUCACGAUAAAGAUAAACUGACAUUGCUAGAUCUCGAAGCAAGGAUUAGCCGGCUGGAAAGACUGGUUGCUGAGAUAAAAGCAGCAAGAAAAGCUAAGUCAAUGGUAACAACAUGA